AUGCAAGAAGAAACUCGGCGGACAUUGCAUUGGAUACCACGUCCACUUCCUACUUCCCCAGCAGUUGAAAAUAAUGAGGACACACCUCUGGUUGUACCAUUUUCUACCGAAGAUAUUGAUCCAGCCUCGGUGGCCACGUCUGGUGGUGCGACGCCCUCGGCUGGUGUUAAUCCAGCCUCCUCGAUCGAGCACGGUUCAUCCUCGUCCCCUGCCCGACGGACAGAGCCAACGCCGAUGUCCUUGAUCGAGUUAACUUCCCCUUCGUCUCCCGAUCACUUAAUGGAGUCGGGGUCUUCACCAUCAUCGACUUCGUCUCCUGUGGCACAGCCUUCUCCUUCCGUGGACUCAGAAGCUCCAGCAUCCACGCCUGGGUCAUCUCCUCCCUAG